AUGCGUCUUGAACUUAAUACAGACGAGUUGAUGAAGCGUUGCCCAUGAAACAUAAGGACAGGGCUUGGCUAAACACGCAAACACCGACGCUGUCAUUCGUCCCUACGAGUCGCAUUGUAAAUUUUAGAGGGACUUCGACAAAAGGCUUGUAUGCAUGUAGGCAGCGGUUCAGCUUAGCACACCGGGCGACGCGACCGACCCAAUGGGCUAGAACGUGUGCGGCCGCUAGGGGUCCAGCCGGCCCGAACUCUCCAAAUGAGACGAUAAAGUCACUGGACAGCAUCCUGGGAACUGAUGAUGACGACGAAGAAGGCCCACUACCACAUCCGGAGGAGCGCAGGCGACGUGCGCCGCUGGCAGGUCCCAAACGGGUCCGGCCGGUGUACGUGUACGUCAUCUACUACUGCUUCAUCGUUGUAUACCUGGCCACCGCCUGGCUGCAGGCCACAGAGGGUGACAUCGCCGCCUCCCACCUGGUGGACGGUCUGGUCAACGACCACCUGGCAGUGGCCUCCGGGCAGGUGCCCCGGCUGGCCACCGCGGGCUUCGUGUGCGGCUCCCCCCUGGAGCUGUUCAUGCAGCUCGCCACGCUGCUGACAGUGGGCGCGGAGACGGAGGCGUUGCUGGGGCCGGGGCUGUUCUGGGCGGUGUAUUGGCUGGCGGGGAUGAGCGGGGGGCUAGCGGAUGCGGUGUUGAGUGAGGUGCCGGUGACGGGGGGUCCGGCCAAUGCGGCGGCGGGCAUGGUGGGCGCGUUGGCUGCGUUUUACGUGCGGAAUUUGGGGCUGGAGGAGCGGAUUGAGGGG